UACAGGAACUGUGGAUCACAGAAGCAAGGUGCACUGUUUUAUAGCUGUGUGUCAGACACAUACUGUUUGUGUGGCGCUCCGCUGAGAAUGUGGGAUCUGUGAUGGGAAUAGAAGAUACAUUGCCUUCUAUGACUUCACCUGAAUGCUCAUAUACAGCAGAAGCAUUAACAUUGUGAAACACAAAAGGAAGGAGAAACGCACUGGGAACGAUUUCACUGGAUGCUACUGCAACAAAAUCACAGAUUAAUUCAGUAACUUUCUCUGUCAACAAUUUCCAUGGCUACCUCUACAGAAAUCUCCACAACCAUGAGUGGAACAAACUAUCUGAGCACGACAAACCAUCACAGUAACAAUUGUAACACUAUCUCUCAGGGCUUCACAGUAUUUAUUGUUACUGCCUACACCGUAAUAUGUAUUACUGGAUUCAUUCUCAACAGCCUAGCAUUUUGGGUGUACUUUUGUCACAUCUCCAGCAGCAAUUCCAUUAUAGUCUAUUUGAAGAACCUGGUCAUAGCGGAUUUCCUCCUGGUCCUCUCCCUACCAAUAAAAAUCCUCAGAGAUAGUGAAUUCAUCCACAGUGGACACCUGAACACUGUUUACUGCAAUUUUGUGGCAUGCAUCUUCUAUUUGAACAUCUACUCCAGUAUUUGUUUUCUUGGAUACAUUGCAGCCAUCAGGUACCUGAAAAUCGUCAGGCCGCUCAAAGUACACGCAUUUCAAAACCUGAAGACAGCAAAAUGCCUUUCUUUGGGAACGUGGGGUGUCCUCAUCUUUCUCGGAAUCCUUUUCGUGCUUCUAGUAAAUAUGGAAAACCAGUCGAACUCAGAAAGCUCUCACUUCUGCACAAAAGCUAGAAAUAAAACGAUAUACACAUUUUCUCACAUUGCUGCCACAAUCACAUUUUUCUGUGUGUUAGCUGGACUUUGUUUCUUCUACAGUCAAAUUUCACGGCAACUCCACCGGUCCCCUUCCACGCAGUCACUGAUCAAGCAGGCCAAAGCAAAGAACAACAUUCUCAUUUUGCUCGUGGUGUUUCUGGUUUGUUUUGUGCCCCACCACAUUGUAAGACUUCCGUACAUUUUGAGUCAAACCAACUUUACUGAAGACUGCUACCGACAAAACAUUUUGUACUAUGCCAAGGAAUCUUCCCUCUUGCUGUCAACACUUAAUGCAUGCUUCGAUCCAGUGAUCUAUUUUCUGUUUUGUAAAGCAUUCAGAUCAAAGCUGGGCCUUGAUAAAAAGACCAAGGAGUUUCAGCUCAAAAGAAGUUUCAGGUCCUGCUAACAAUUCACAAAUUGCACUCAAUCACUCCAGCUAUUCUCAUGUCAACAAUACGAGGAUCAGAGUUUAAUUCUGGGCUAAAUGUUAAGGAGAGGUAGAUGUACUGUAGCUUUGAGAGAGUUAUAAGCUAGCAGAACUACGUGACAGCACCGAGUGUUCUCAAUAAGGUAACAAUGUAACACUUGGUAAAAAGCUAGAUUGGCUGGGUUGCUUGUAAAUGACAAAACAGACUCGAAUUAGGCCAAUCAGUUUAAAUUAUACCCUGAAAAGUACCAAAAUUCCAAUCAAGUUUGAAUUUUAUAUAAUUUUAAAAGCCAAUGACACAAUCCAAUGCUUUGGGGGUAUAAGAGCAAGGAAAACUGAACAGUUGGGAUGUGAACUGCCGAGCCACCAGCAUGUAAAGACUGCCGAAAAAUAGCUCUCUUAAAGGCACCUUUAUCGACAGUAACCUGUGAAGCAGAAUCUCCAAAAAGAAGAAAAGAAGACAGGAAUACAGGGAAGAACCGAUAUCUGCCGGUUUUGAGAUAAGAAGCUUCGUAUUGUAAAUCGGGAUUUUUAUCGGACCAGUAUUGUAGAGGGGAAAGUAAAAGAUAGGUUAGAGAAAGGAGUUGUAAGUAGUUGUUAGUUAAUUAUUCUGGGUUAUACUUUAAGAAAUAAAGUUGUGAAUUUUUACUUUAAA